UGUCUGUACAGGGUUGGUGACCCAAUCAGUACCCGUAAAUAUACAGAGGAACUCUUACAGAAAACCGAAGAAAAUGAUUAUACUUCUUGUCAAAUGUUGUUAGAAAAAGGUACCGAUGUUAACAUAACCGAUGAAGAGACUAAAUCAACAGCUUUGCAUAUAGCGGCCAAGAAUGGAAAUAAAGAUAUUCUCGAUCUUCUUCUGAGUAAGGGUGCAGAUUGCAAUGCACAAGACAGCACUGAACAAUCUCCAUUACAUCAUACUGCUACCAAGGAUCAUCUUUAUUGCUGUCAAAGACUUCUUAAGUGCCCUGAUUUGAAUGUAAACAUACAAAAUAAAACACAUGACACUCCUCUUCAUCGUGCAGCAAAAGAGGGACGAAGAGCUAUAUGUAAUAUAAUGCUUCAGCAUCCAGAUAUUAAUGUGAAUGCCAAAAAUAAGAGAGGAAUGAUACCACUGCAUCUUGCUACUCUAGAAAAUCAUGGGAGCAUAAUAGAGCUUUUGAUGGAAUAUGGUGCAGACUUUAAGAUACGAGACAAGAAUUUUCAUCUUCCAAUUCAUUAUGCAGCCCAGAAAGGCUUUCCAGAAUCUUGUGAAGUUCUUUUGUCUAAUACCAGUGAAGCUGACAAAGAUAAACAAUUAAGAGCAAAUCUGAAAGACGGAAAAACACCUCUCAUGUUGGCAGCUAAGGGAGGAUAUCACAGGUGCUGUGCUAAAUUAACAAAUAUAAAUAUAAAUAAGCAGGACAAGGAGGGGAACACUGCUUUGCAUUAUGCUGCUAUUGGAGGGUUUGAAAACACAAUUGAUGAACUUCUUAAUAUGGGAGCUAAUCCAAAUACAGAGAAUAAAAAGGGAAAGACCCCAGUUCUUGAAGCAGCAAGUAAAAAGAAAUCUAGCUGUUUAAAACUUUUUGCAGAGAGCUGUGUAAAACUGGAUGUUGUAGAUAAAAAGAAUAGGAAUGUUCUUCACUAUGCAGCUGAGAAAAAUUCAGAAGACAGCCUUAAAUUUUUGUUGUCUCUUAAUACCUUGGAACAUCAUCUUGAUAAAAAAGAUGAUGAUAACUGUACACCACUUCACAUCGCUAUAAAACGAGAAGCUGUGGAGUGUGCACAUAUAUUACUUGAGAGUGGUGCAUCACCAGUUGAACAGUGUAUUGGAGGAAUGACACCUCUUCAUUUAGCAGCUGACAAAGGAUAUACAAGCAUAUGUGAAGUGCUUCUUGGAAAAAGUGAAGUAUUAGUCAGUCAGGAAAAUGAACAAAUGGCAACACCACUUCACCUUGCAGCUCUUCAUGGAUCGGUAGAUGUGUGCCAAAUACUUCUACGUAAAGGAGCACGUAUAUCAGCAAUUGAUAAGUUGGGUCGUACAGCUCUCCACAUUGCAUCAGAUAAAGGCUAUGCCAAUGUUGUAAAAUUUCUUACUAGAAAAGGCAUACCUCAACGGACUAAAGACGACACUGGUUCCACUGCUUUGCACAUAGCAGCAUCUAAAGGAUCACUGGAAUGUUGCCAGGUGUUGGUUUCCAGUGCUAAGGCUACAUGCUGUGAUGCAGAUCAGAAUGGAGCAUUGCCUAUAAACAGAGCUUUUGAAAAUAAACAUGACAAUGUAUUCAGAUUUCUUCUUUUACAACUGCCUCACAAAAAUGACCAAGAAGAAAGAAUGGCUUGUUUUCAUGAAUACAUGCACACAGCACUGAAGGAAAACAGACUAACUGCUGUUGAAGCAAUCAUUGGUAGCUCCUGGUGGAAAGCUGGUUUUAUAGGAGAAAAUGGGCAUCAUUGUCAGAAUUUUAGAGUGCUUGUAGAGCAUCAUCCAGGUCUAGCACUGAAGGUACAAGACAAGUGUAUUGAACGCUCCGAAAGUAAAGUAACUUACAACUUUAGAUUUAUUGAAGACAACUACUAUAUUCCAACAGCCCCUGGUAAAAUUGCCGAGAGUCCCUUUGAAAAUGACACAGGGAAAGUGCGUAAAAAUGCAGUCCAGUUUAUCCAAGAUGGCCUUCAGUGGAAGAAUAGGCAUCCCUUAACACUUAUGGUGCAUCACAACUGCCAUCGCCUGCUUCAACACACUUUAACAAAUGCAUGGCUGCUGGAUAAAUGGAGUUCUUACAUCUAUAUUAUCUUCCUUGCCUUGCUCCUGCUGGAGCUACUCUUUGUUUUCUGUCUGAUCAUCUUCAUGGGAAGUGUAGAUAAUUGGAGCCACAUAGAGAAACGAUGCAAUCUCACCAGAGAAGAGUUUUGUAGUUUAUCACUGGCAGAGGAAAGUGCAGAAGCCCUGUCAAAUUCAACAGUAAUCAAGAAAUGUAAUGAAACACUGCCUUUGAAGAGAGGACUUUCACUGGCUUUACUAAUAAUAACUGCCAUCGCACUACUCUUGGAAUGCAACUAUAUGUAUAGACUGAGGAAGGAGUACCUGAGUAUAGACAAUCUGAUGCAGAUAUGUCGUUUAAUAUUUACUAUUGCUGUCAUAGUGCCUGGAGGGAGCUGUGAAUUUCAGCACCAUAUACUUUAUAUUUGGCAGUGGGAAUGUGGAAUCCUUGCCUUGCUAGUUGGAUGGCUGCACCUCAUCAACACACUCAACCAGCUACCCAUACUCUCAGUUUUCAUGCCAAUUACUAAAAGUUUUAUUAAAAGUUUUUUCAAAGUGGUCUUUUACAUAGUGAUGCUUUUAUUUGUCUUUGCCUUCAUUUUCCAUCUUCUUCUACAAGAUCAAGCUGCCUUCAUUAAUGUGCCACAGUCUAUGGUAAAGACAAUAGUGUGGAUGCUAGGUGAUCUAGGUUAUGAUGACACUUUCCUUAAUGAUGAUCACCAACUACUCUACCCAAAGAUGGUGAAUCUUCUCUUUGUGGUGUUUGUCACUAUUAUAGGUGGCUUUGUUGCAAAUUUGGUCAUUACUCAGCCCUCUGAAAAACUCAAUGUUUUCCGAGAGAAAGCUGCCUUCUACAGAGCAGCAUCUCGGUGUAUGUUAUUCCACAAACUUGAUGUUUGCUUUCCUUUCUUUCACAAAUACAGAAUAAGAGGAACAUUUAUAGAUGAAGAAACCAAAAUAAAUGGGUACAAUGUUCUAACAAAGAAACUUUUGAUGCUAGACACUAAAGAAGAGGAAGCACAGCCUGUAAAUCCCUUGGUGUUGCAGCUGGAAGAACAGAACAAACAAAUCAACACUUUGUUGACUCUUCACGUGGAACAAAGGGAGGAGAUAAGAGAUCUCAAGCAACAGAUAAAUGUCAUUGUUAAAUCUCUGCCAAGUUUAUAUCAGUCACAACCUAAAGUUUAGGUUAUACAUAUUAGUAGCUGCUUAACUGUUGAGUUUGAUCCACCUAGGUUAUACAUAUUAGUAGCUGCUUAAUUGUUAAGUUUGAUCCACCUUGAUUCUCACUCUCUGACAAAGCUUCCUAUUAUUAGUUUUAACAAACAAUCCACAUACAAAUGAAAGUGAAAUGGUCCAAAACCUUAACUAAGUGACCACAGCUGUAUUACACACUACAGUAUUAUUAUCUAAAAGAAGUGUUAAGCCUACAAGGGUCAAACAGCACAGUGAGGCAGGGGAUAAUGCAGGAGUAUAGAGUAGCAAGGGUGGAGUGGACAACAGAGGGAGAGUUAGAAAGGGUUGUGAGGAAUGCUAGAGAUUACACACUACAAUUUUCUGCCCAUUAGUCAUAUCCCUGAAGGGAAACCAUAAUGGGAAAGUCUGAUCCAAACCUUAUGGCACCUAGUGUUACUGUGCAAGGAUUGUUCGAUCUUCCUAACAGUGCAACGUCUCUCAAACAGUUGUUGAGCAUGUUAAUUUCAUCAGUGUUAUUUUCAUUCUACCCAGUAUUUACUUAAAUCUCUAUGACAGCACAAUUAAUAUCAAAAAAUCAUGGAGAUAUCAUACACAUAUUCUUCUAUAUCUGGUAAAUAACCUUUUUUUUUACUACCAAAGUGCCUUGUGGCUUUCAUGUUUUGUUUAUUAUUUAGCUAUAACAUAAGUAGUCAUGUUCUUAACAAAAUCCUAUGUGGAUAACUGUACUGUAACAAUCUUCAUUACCUAUUCAGCAGACUUUUAAAUGACUGUAUCAAGUAACUGCACCUCUUGGCUUUAAAUAAAAUAUAGACUACAACUCUUUCUGGAGGAUGUCUUGAGGCUAGUGAAGAGUUCAUGAUUCAAGGAAGUACAGAUAAACUUCCUUUCCUUUCAUCAAACCUAAUUACUUACCAUUCUCCAAGUGCUAUAUAACCCCAUGGAUUUAUUGCCUCCCCAUGACUAUUUAUUUUAUUUUAUUAACACAAGCCCCUCACACAUAAAACCUCCUUUACCCCCUCCCUCCAACCUUUGCUAGGCCGACCCCUACCCUGCCUUCCCUCCACUACAGAUUUAUACACUUUCAAAGUCAUUAUAUUUCAUUCCAUCUUCUCUACAUGUCCAAACCAUCUCAGUAACCCCUCCUCUGGAUAAUAGUUUUGGUAAUCCCACAUCACCUGCUAAUCUCCAAACUACAGAUUCUCCGCAUUAUAUUCACACCACACACUGCCCUCAGACAUGACAUAUCCACUGCCUCCAGCCUUCUCCUUGUUGCAACAUUCACAACCCAUGCCUCACACCCAUAACUAUACUCUCAUACAUUCCCCUCUUUGCUUUCAUGGAUAAAGUUCUUUGUCUCCACAGACUUCUAAGUGCACCACUCGCCUUUUUCCCCUCGUUAAUUCUAUGAUUCACCUCAUCGUUCAUAGACCUAUCUGCUGACACGUCCACUCUUGGAAAUCUGAACACAUUCACCUCCUUCAUACUCUCUCCCUCCAAUCUGAUAUCCAAUCUUCCAUUUCCUAAUUUUUUUGUUAUCCUCAUCACCUUACUCUUUCCUACAUUCAUCUUUAAUUUCCUUCUUUUACAUACCCUACCAAACUCGUCAACCAACCUCUGUAACUUCUCUUCAGAAUCCCCCAAAAGCACAGUGUCAUCAGCAAAGAGCAACUGUGACAACUCCCACUUUGUGUUAGAUUCUUUAUCUUUUAACCCCAAAUCUCUUGCCAACACCCAAGCAUUCACUUCUCUUACAACUCCAACUAUAAAUAUAUUGAACAACCAUGGUGACAUCAUACAUCCCUGUCUAAGGCCUACUUUUACUGGGAAGUAAUCUCCCUCUUGCCUACAUACUCUAACCUGAGCCUCACUAUCCUCGUAAAAGCUUUGCACUGCUGUCUAUUCUAUACAUUUGCAACAUCUGCCACAUUGCCCCCUAU